CGAACGCCAUGCCGCUGCGGCUGGCCUGGCUGUGCUGCUGCUGGGCGCUACUGAGCGCUGCCUGCCGCCCCGCCGAGCCCGCGCUGCCCGCCGAGGGCGGGGAGCCGCCGCCCGCCGCCGCUACCUCGGGCUUCCUCUACCGGCGGCUGAAGUCGCACGAGAAGCGGGAGAUGCAGCGGGAGAUCCUCUCGGUGCUUGGGUUACCCCACCGCCCUCGGCCGCUGCCGCGGGAACCGGCGGCUCCGCCGGCGGGGCGCUUAACGGCGGCGCCGCGCUUCAUGCUGGAUCUCUACCACGCCCUGGCCGAAGGCGCGGAGGGCAGCGCGGGUGCGGAGCGGAGCUCGCCGUCCCCUGCCUCGCUGCCGCCGCCGCAGCCGCCCAGCUCGCAGGACAGCGCUUUCCUCAACGACGCCGACAUGGUCAUGAGCUUCGUCAACCUGGUGGAGUAUGACAAGGAGUUCACACCUCACCAGCGGCACUACAAGGAGUUCAAGUUCAAUUUGUCUCAGAUUCCCGAGGGUGAGGCCGUCACAGCCGCGGAGUUCCGCAUCUACAAGGACUGCGUGGUGGGGAGCUUUAAAAACCAAACCUUCCUUAUCAGCAUCUACCAAGUGCUGCAGGAACAUCAGAACAGGUCCUCUGACCUGUUUCUGCUCGACACACGGGUGGUGUGGGCCUCAGAGGAGGGCUGGCUGGAGUUUGAUGUCACUGCCACCAGUAACAUGUGGGUGAUGAACCCGCAGCACAACAUGGGACUGCAGCUGAGCGUGGUGACCCAGGAUGGUUUUGGUCUAAACCCCAGGGAAGCAGGCCUUAUAGGCCGCCAUGGCCCUUAUGACAAGCAGCCCUUUAUGGUGGCCUUCUUCAAGGUCAGCGAAGUCCACGUGCGCACCACAAGGUCAGCGACCAGCAGGCGCAGGCAGCAGAGUCGCAACCGCUCCAGCCAGGCUCAGGAUGCUUCCAGGGUGUCUAGUGUCGCAGAUUACAACAGCAACGAGCUGAAGACAGCGUGCAGGAAGCACGAGCUGUACGUUAGCUUCCAGGACCUGGGCUGGCAGGACUGGAUCAUCGCUCCAAAGGGCUACGCCGCCAACUACUGCGACGGGGAGUGCUCGUUCCCGCUCAAUGCCCACAUGAACGCAACCAACCAUGCCAUCGUACAGACUCUGGUUCAUCUGAUGAAUCCCGAUUACGUCCCCAAGCCCUGCUGUGCGCCCACCAAACUCAAUGCCAUCUCUGUUCUUUAUUUCGAUGACAAUUCCAAUGUGAUCUUGAAGAAAUACAGGAACAUGGUAGUAAGAGCUUGUGGCUGUCACUGACAAACAGUCUUCAAGUGGACUCCGGGCUCCUGCUGUCAACUUCCAUGCUACCUUCCCUGCUUUCAUAAACUACCUGGAGAACAAGAAGCAAUUGCUGAACCACCUUUAGAAGACCACGUAUGUGCCAUGUGGGAGGAAGGGGUGUGGGGACCACAUGCUGGGGCAUGAGCAAAGCUCUGGACUUCUUCCAGACUGACCCUACACCAGGGUGGCUGCUCAGCUCUGCAGAGCCGAGGCACGAAGCAGCGAUGUACCCUCACAUGCUUUAUUUUGGCUGGCACAGGCUUAAUCUCACAGAGCAGUGGCUGGAGUGUGUGCUGUGGUUUUACCAGGUGGGUGUCUAACACCCAAAAAUGAGUGAGUUUUUUCUGGAGGGGAAGACAAGGGAAGAGACAAGGAAGAUAAAGAAAGUGGUGUUAGUACUUCAGACUUUGAGCAUACAUCUCGUACAAGAUCAUUCCUAAGGUUAUGAAUUGCCUUUUGUCUAGAAGGACCAGUUACUACACCUCAGUUGUUGGUCUCCUCCUGAAAUCUGCCCUGACAGCAUCUCAAAUUGUGCCAAAGCAAAUGUUUCAGGUCUCUUACUUUCACAGCAAAGUUUAAGUCUGAUGCUGCAAGCAUGAGGUGGCCUGGGCACACCAGUGUGAACUCAGCCCCUGGCUGGUCUCUCCAGUUCACUACGUGACUGAGCAACAGAACUUGAGAAAUUUGUUCUUACGCAGCUUCCUCCCCUUCCCCGUGCAGAGCUGCCUCAUCUACUAGCACCUGCCCAGGAAGUGAGUUGCUGUACUUCAGCUGUAAAAGUUUAGGGGGCAAUUCAUUCCCUGACUGGAUGCUUCACAGAAUCAUUUUGUUUGGAAAAGACCUUUAAGAUAAGAUUAUCCAAGUCCAACGGGUAGAAAGAAGACAGAACAUCAACAACCUAAACCUCUGGCCAACCUUUCUCCUUUCAACUCACGUCUAGCAGAAACUAACAGCAAACUGUUUUGAUCAAUAUUAAACUUGUAUUAAAUGCACUUACCUUUACUUCAGGCAUUUUAAAGGGCUUCUUGUAAAUACAAGCAAUUAUUUAUUGCACUUGUCCCUGUAUAGUCAUUGUGCUGUAUCAUUUACAGAAAGACUUCUUUUUGAAAAAGGCUUUAUUUAGGAAAAAAUCUCUGUGUAAACAAUUGUACCACUUGGAUUUUGUACAAGAAACUCAUGAGACUGUGCUUCACUAGAAAGUAGGUAAAAACGUGGUAAUAAAAGCUUCCUUUCAGGCAGAA